CAAAUGUACUUAGAAGUCUUUCAAUUUUUCAUCCUGCAGCCUUCAAUGAAUGGAGGUAAGCAUCAGCUUCUUUCGUCCUGCAAAAUUAUAAAAGACUUCUUUAUUCAUAUUCCCUAUAAAGAAAGACAUGCAGCAUUCCUCGUCAUCCUUCUUGCACACCAUCUUCUCGUCAUUGCCAGUGCCCUUGUCCUGGUGAAAUGUCACUUCUUCGAAAGACUUCACUAGAGUCAGCCUGCAAAAUGUCACUUCUUGCCCGAACCAUGCUCUUCGCUUUCGGCUCGUCACGGCAAAAGAACUACAACACUCUCUUCAACAUAUUACCCAUGGUAAUAGUAUCCUUGCACCUUUUCCUUGAUCUCGAUGCAGGACCAGAAUUGGUUCACGCAGCCACUCCUACAUCUUCUAGCAGCACAGGAGCACGUCAAGGAGAAUUUCCUAUCCCAUACUCACCUCAACAUCUCGCAAGUUCAUCUUCACGGCCUGUCCGUAACAGUUGUGACCUUAGACUUAUCACCCAGCAUAAAGGAGCGGCGCCUGGGACUGGAGAAGCACAACAUGUACUAGGUGGUCCAGUUCUUGUCUACAACUUGCACACAACAGGGACAGCUACUGGAACUGGCGUUGUUGUUUUAAAUCCACAUGUAGUCGGAGGCGGAGCACUACCCCAUUCACGUGGAAAUAGCAAGGCGACCAAUGAUCUUCAAGCUCAAAUUCCUAUAACUACUAGCGCAGGCGUGGUCGUGCCUACAGUUAGUACACCCACUGCAAGCAGAGCAGGAAGUAAAGCGACCUGUACCUCUAUAAUCGGUGCUGGUGCUCCUGUUCUCGAUGUUCCUCUGGCGUCCUCUAGUGGUCAUGGUACAUCUCCAACAGCCCAGCAACACAUGCAUUUCUAUAAUCCAGGACAGUCUCAAUCUCAGUCACAUCAAUCUUCACCAUGGCCACCAACUCCUAGUUCGAGGACGUGUAGAAUUCGUCCGGCAGGUGUAGGGGGUUCUGGCUCCUUUACUUCAGCAGCAUCUGGCAUCAGCUAUCGACCUGACACGUCAGCAUCAGAAGCGUCAGCGAAUAAAGAUAGUAUGUACGUGAAAUCCGCUAUGGUUAACGAACAUCUUGAAGCUUGUCAACAGAGGCCUAUCAUGCCUGGCACGCCAGCCACUGGCUACAGGCCUAUGACCGGUCCUGGUACGCCGGCUAAAAACAGUUACAACCGCAGAGGAAGCACUGCUCGUGCACGUGGUAGUACCAGCGCUCCAGAAUCGCCAAUGCCCUUGAUACCUUCCGAGACCUCAGGACACGAUCCAGUUUGGACCUCUGUCGCACCAUCCACUACUCCCAAGAGAAAAGAGCUACUGAGAGAAUCAUCGAAAAACAGUAGAACUACUACACCUUGCUCGUCUUGUCCGAGUACACUUGGAGAGGGGAAAAAGCCGUCUCUUGCUGCCUCCAUUAAUGGACCUCUGCUUGCGUCAUCUUCGAAAGCUGGUGUAUCCCAGUAUGAAGCAAAGCAACCACCUUCAACUGCAAGUCAAGGAGUGAGCAGACCACCGACUGCUGCCACCAGCGUCAACCUUCAACGACCAUCGACUACCAUGUCUAGAGCUUCCCAGCAAAUGUCGGCCACAACUUCAAUGGAACUAUUGGAACAAUACAGUGCCAAUAGCGGUACUGGAGCUGAACAAGGCAGAAUCACAACCACCGCCAACGCUGCUGUGCCCACCGGUCAACAACAACAACCUUCGACAUCUGUUACCGGAACAACGAAGCUGACGUCGGCGUCGCGAGAUCUUCAAUUAAGGGUACUUAUAACGUGAAGUCAUCUUGCUUCUGGCACAUCAUGUGUAGCUUACAGCUGUUUUUUGUUGCUCCAAUCAUUUGCUAGAUGAAGUUAGUAGUACUAGAAGUACUUGCUAGAUGAAGUUAGUAGUACUAGAAGUACUAGAUGUUCUACUAUUGUACAGCAGUGGAAGAUGCUGGCUUGUCAAGGUUCUAACCUAAGCCGUAAUUGCCGAAACCGAUUGUGGAUGGGGCAAGGCGCCUAGAGGAGCGCCUAGGGCACAACCGUCGCAAUACGAGUGCGACUCUUCAAAGACGUUUGCACUCGGGGGCGUGGGUGUGACCCAUCACGGCUUCAUCAGAAAUUACGAGAGUAGGCCUCCUGGAGAUACAAGCAGACAACAAGCACGAGCUCCGAAUAGAAUUAUUUAGGAGGAGUGGAGCAGGGGAGAGGAGUCAGUCGUGUAAAUCUUGCAUACCAUAAGGAUCGAUAAGUAUUAUAUUUAUACUAACGAUUGCGAAUGUGAUGGAUUUCUUUGGGACAGGGCACUCCCAAGAUUAUAGCAGUUCUUGCGUACUUAAUAACUUUUUUUCAAGCGAUAUUGUCCACUUAGUAAGACAGAUAGUUGUCCCACAUAUUCUUUUCGCUAAAGUAGGACUCUGUCAUCGAUCUGUCUAAAAUAUGAAUCAAUGAUCUUACAACUACGUACAGCCUCUCCAAUAGCUUGUGACAUAUCCUAUCUAGAUAAUCAUGCGGCACCAGGUAGCUGUUAUAUUAACUCCGUGAAAGAAAGAAAAGCACCUUUGAUGAUUCUACAAGUAUAAGUAAGAAUGUUGCAUCAAGAACAUGAUCAUGAUUAUGACAUGAAAGAGAAUACAGAGACUCGCUGAUGGACACUGCUACUGCUGGAACACUUAUUACUACUUCUCCAUCUAUUCCUACUUCUACCCACUACUACCACAUACAUAGGAACAAUCUGAUUACCGUCUGAGAUUACUUGUCAACGGUCGUCAACGUUUUGGAUGCUAAGUAUGAUAUCAAACCAGAAGAUUGCCAGAGCACGUAGAGGACUGCUCUUUCGACUCCGUAUAUUGUUACCCAAGCCCCCUUCAUACCCACCAGCAAGUAACCUCCACAACCAGCUUGAAAUAAUCAUGGUCAUGGAAAAAUAUACUCUGUCUUGCAUAUUACUACGAGGAUUUGCGUGCUG